AUGUUUAGAAGCUUUACCAAGUUGGCCUCGCCAAUGGCCAGAUGGACGUCGAUCAGAAUGUCGUCUACCAAGACGCUUGACCGGGCCACGUUGACAAUCAGAGAUGGUCCUAUUUUCAGUGGCUACUCUUUUGGAGCAGACAAAAAUGUCAGUGGAGAAGCAGUUUUCACCACCUCUUUGGUUGGAUAUCCUGAAUCAAUGACUGAUCCUUCGUAUAGAGGACAGAUCUUGGUGUUCACACAGCCUCUGAUUGGUAACUAUGGUGUCCCAUCCGGAACUGCCAGAGAUGAGUUCAACCUCCUCAAGUACUUCGAGUCGCCUCACAUCCAGUGUAUUGGAAUUGUUGUUAGUGACGUUGCUUUGCAAUACUCCCAUUGGACUGCUGUUGAAAGUUUGAGUCAAUGGUGUAAGCGUGAAGGAGUGGCAGCUAUCACUGGUGUCGAUACCAGAGAGCUGGUUUCGUAUUUGAGAGAACAGGGUUCGAGUCUGGCCAAGCUGAGUAUUGGCGAGACCUAUGACGCAGAUGAAGACGCUGCGUUUGACGAUCCAAGUGCUGUCAACCUUGUGCACAAGGUGACAACCAAAGCUCCUUUCCAUGUUUCUUCUCCUAACGCUAAAUACCAUGUUGCUGUUCUUGAUUGCGGUGUCAAGGAAAAUAUCUUGCGGUCUCUGGUGUCUCGUGGAGCAUCCAUCACCGUUUUGCCUUAUAACUACCCUGUGCAGAACAUUGCCGACAAGUUCGACGGAGUUUUCAUCUCGAACGGACCGGGAGACCCUACUCACUGCUCUGCUACCGUGGAAAACCUGAGACAGACUAUGGACAAGUACCCAGAGCUUCCUAUCUUUGGAAUCUGUCUGGGUCACCAGCUGCUGGCUCUGGCCUCUGGUGCCAAGACCAUCAAGCUCAAGUACGGAAACAGAGCACACAACAUCCCAGCUUUGGACCUGGUCUCUGGAAAAUGUCACAUCACCUCCCAAAACCACGGAUACGCAGUUGAUGCCACCACAUUGCACCCAGACUUCAAAGAGUACUUCAUCAACCUGAACGAUCUGUCCAACGAGGGAAUGAUCCACAAAACAAGACCGAUUUUCUCUACACAGUUCCACCCAGAAGCCAAGGGUGGUCCAUUGGACUCGUCCUACUUAUUUGACAACUACUUUGAACUUCUCAAGGAGUACAAGAAGUCCACCAACAAAUUGAACCCGGACGAUUUGCUGAUCGAUAUUUUGCCAAAAGAGCGGGUGAUAUGA